ACUCAUCCAACUCCAUACAGUAGUGAGAGAAAGAGAGAGAGAUAACCGUCCUCUGAGUUUAGAAACCGUAAAGUGUCGCCGGAGAGAUAGAUAACUGUCCUCCUCCGACGGCUCCUUAACUGAAUCUCACUUUCCAAAAUCCUUUACUCAAUCCUCCAAUGGACCUCAGUAAGGUCACUCUCGAGAUUUUCUCCAAGCUCGAGCAGAAAUGGCUUUACCACUGCGAUGACAAGAAGACGCGAAUCCUCAGCAUCGACGGCGGCGGAACCACCGGCAUUGUAGCAGGAGCAGCUUUGGUUCAUCUCGAAGACCAGAUCCGUGCCAAAACCGGCGAUCCUCAAUCUCACAUCGCUGAUUUCUUCGAUAUCAUCGCCGGAACCGGAAUCGGCGCUAUCUUCGCUACAAUGCUCACCGCCGACGACGGAAAUGGACGACCUCUUUACACGGCUAAAGCCGCUGUUAAAUUAGUCGCUGACAAACAUAGCGAACUGUUCAACGCAAGGAAUGUCGGCGUAUUUCGCCGCCGGGAGCGAUUUUCCGGUAAGAGCAUGGAUAAGGUACUGAAAGAGACAUUCAAGAGAGACGACGGAAAGUCGGUGACCUUGAAGGAUACGUGUAAGCCUCUCUUAAUCCCCUGUUUCGAUCUAAACAGUUCCGCUCCCUUCGUUUUCUCCCGAGCCGACGCGAUCGAAUCCGCUAGUUACGAUUUCGAACUCUGGAAGGUCUGUCGCGCCACGUCAGCGACUCCUUCCGUUUUCAAACCUUAUAAUCUCACUUCAAUCGACGGAAAAACCUCUUGCCUCGCCGUCGACGGUGGUCUGGUCAUGAAUAAUCCAACUUCCGCCGCCGUCACUCACGUUCUCCACAAUAAACGUGAUUUCCCCUCCGUUAACGGCGUUGAAGAUCUACUAGUCCUGUCUAUAGGCAACGGACCUCUCAACUGCGGCCGUCCGAAACUCCGUCACAACGGCGAUUGCUCAACGUCGACAGUCGUUGAAAUCGCAAUCGACGGCGUCUCGGAAACGAUUGAUCAAAUGAUCGGAAACGCCUUCUGCUGGAAUCGCACAGACUAUCUCCGAAUUCAGACAUACAGCACCAUAUCUGCUGCAAUGGGGACCACCAUGGAAAAGGUGAUGAAGGAGAGAGGAGUUGAGACUUUGCCGUUCGGCGGGAAGCGGUUACUGACGGAAACAAACGGACAGAGGAUCGACGGUUUCGUUCAGCGUUUAGUGGCGACGGGGAAGAGUAGUCUGCCGCCGAGCCCAUGCAAGGAAACGGCGGUGAAUCCGCUUGUUAACGGGCGUUAAAUCAAGAUCUUUGAUUUGAUCUGAGAUUGAGAUUUGGUUUUUAAUUAAUAACAAUGACACUACUACUUAGCUUCCUUUUGCUACUGCCGGUGGGAAUAUUAAUUUUGGCUUUUUUUAUUUUUUAUUUUCUUGUUAUUUGUAAUUAGGUAGUAAAAGGUUUCUGAAUGUGUGCUCUUUUUAAUUUAUUAGAAAUGAGUUCUCUGUUACCUUAUUUCCCUUUCUUAGCUACUCAAAGACUCCUAUUACAAUGGGUUCUUUUUGUAUUACUUAAUAAUAUAUUUUAUUCACCCCU